AUGGGUGUAUCAACAUGGCUAGCUGUCGUGGCGUGUGUCUGCACGAUUCAAGGAAUUUCUUCAUUCGAACGUCAAGAGUACUCGGCGAUUGCGAAGAUGAUAGGAAGAAGACUGGAGAAGAAACAAGCUAGUACCACGCCAUCCCCGACCUGGUCCCAAUCUGGACAGACCUGGUCCCCAUCUGGACCGACCUGGUCCCCAACAGACGGCCCAGGAGGACCUGGUCCAACAGGCCACGCCCCUAUCGACUUCUGGCAACACUGGUUAGAUUGUCCCAUCAUGGAAAGCAUACUUGAACAAUACUUCACCGGAUUUCCCAAUACCAGGAUGCCAAAAGAUUCCAUGGUCAUUUCACCUGAUGAGAUCAAACGUGUACUGACCAGGUUGAUGGCUACGUUCAAAUACCUUAAGAACGUACGUGUAGCCAUUGACCAGAUGACCGAAGACAUGGCCAGACUGGUACUGGACAAACGUGUCAACUGUACAACCACCAUGUACCAAAGGGUCUUUGUCUAUUACAUGAGGAGACGCCUUGACACCAUGAUGGCUGCUCACGACACCUCGCUGAAAAGUCGUAUCGAACAAGUAUUGAACCAGUCCUUCCCAGAUAACCCCAAUAUGCUCCACAUGGCGCCAGAACUAGUGUGGGGAGUUCAUCACGUCGUCCACGAAACUUUCAUAGGAAUCCUACAGGAAGAGGAGUUCGAAAGUCUAGAUUGGUUUUUGCGUGACUACAAAUGGAAAGCGACAUCUUUCCUUGAGCGAUUCCACAGAGGCGAAUUUGCAGCCAUUACUGAUGUCAUCUCUCAGAUGAAAAACGAAUUCUUUAGCAUUGACACUACCUACUAUCCCGAUGCAUUCCGAUGUCCAUCACCCCAAGAAUUUAUCGAAGUUCACAAGCGAGCAGCCAACUUAUCGGCUUCUUAUUAUUGGAAGGCCCGGAAGUCCGGUUUAGCAGUUGCUUUUCUCACUACUCACCUUCAGGAAAUGUUCUCAUACUCGGCAUCUGUACCAAAUGACCCUUUCGCAGUUGACCAAGCUAUACAAAAUCUGGUGCAUGUUGUCCUCGAUUACGUCAAUGGGACAAUGGCGGAACUCGCUAGAUAUGAAGAUUACCUAGCCUCGGCCACACUUUCUCCGCCAACUUUUAUGGCAAACAGUCUGACUGGGCCACAGUGGAAUAUGACCAUGCUCCUAUUCAACAGAAUGUUUGGCAACUCCGUCCCUCCUACGGGAAACCCCGGUCCUGGCCCAGGAAUGACCAUGCAAGAAAUCGUGAGGUACCUUCAGAACGACGUCGAUAAACUGAAAAAGAUCCGGUCCAUGAUGCCGACAGUCUGUACAUCUACUGACGAUCACGGCACAAUUGAUGCACUCAUUACCGACAUGGUUCAGGAUAAGGAGAACUUCAUCAACACUUCGCAGUCCUACGGCGGUUACCGGAAAUAGGAAUUUGGUCCCAAGUCACUGCGAUAAGAAGUUUCCAGGUUGUUAAAUCUUUGUUGAACAGCAUCGUUGAUAUUCGUUGAUUUUGAACGUUUGUGCUUUUUGUUAUUGAUGAAUAAAUUUUAACAAAUCAUGAA